AUGGCUGAACGAAAAAGUAUAUUACCCCAGGGAGGUACCGGUCGCUCUGCGGCCGGAGAAUCCUCCCCCACCGCACCGGAUUCGCCGGGGGUGGGCCGUCCCACGUACUCUGGGGGGGACACGGGCAGCGAUGAGGAGAGGUAUCAGAAGGAGCUGAUACGGAAGUACGGGGCCGUUAGUUACCUGGAGGCCCUCGAACUGCACGUAGCGGACAUGGACUCGGAAUGCACAGGGUCCUCAAUGUCAUUCCGGUCCGAUGACAACCUUGGGGAGGCGAGAGGGAGUACCUCGCCCCCCAAGAAACAUCGAAAGAGGAGGAUCGCAGAGAGAGGUCAGGAGGAGCUGGACUCCGAUGACGAUGAAGCCGACCACGUGCAGCUGUCAUCUGCUGCACGGAGGAGCAGGGCCAGGGGCCCUCCAACGGCCAAGAGGGGAGCGCGAACGGCCAAGUCUGCGGCGCGAUCGGAGACAGGGGUUUCGGCCUCUGGACCCGAAUCGUCCAGGUCCGUCUCGCGCGUCCGAAGAGACUCGGAGGAGAAUGCCACAUUGGGCGCCGACGAGCUGGGCGCCAAGGUGGAAAAUAGUGCCCUUCAGGUCCUUGCUGCAGUCAGAAAGUCCAGCAACCUGAAGGGCACUAUAGUCGGAGAGAUCAACCGCGCCAUCCACACCAUCCGAUCGGCGUCGGGUGCCCUGAGGCAAAGGUCGUCAAACCCGGAGGAGGAAGCCCUCAGGCGGGAGGUCCGCAAACUCCGUGAGGAGUUGGACGAGGUCCGGGAGAUGAAGGCUGCGAUGCUGAAGGAGUCUGUCGAGGAGAGGAAGAAGUGCCGACAGCUCCAGAUGGCGUCGCAGUCUUCCGCCGCGCUGGCCGAAGAACUGGCCAUGUUGAAGGCGGAGCGCGUGGAGUGGGAGCGGCAGGCGCGCGAUAGCGUUCGACAGUUGAAGGAGCUCAAGGACUCGAACGCUCUCGACCGCGCCGCCCUUCACAAAGCGCUGCGGCAAUUGGAGGAGGCCAAAACCGCCGCUGAAUUGCCUCCAGUGGUGAUCACCGGGACAACGGCGGAAGCGCCGGAAGGUGCCACGCCCCGGACCCUAUCGGAGGCCGCCGAAGACCGGAUUAUCCGGCGAGUAGGCGAGAUCAUGAACAGCCGCUUCGCCGAGAUGGAGGAGCGGAUCUCGGCGAAGCGAACGCGGCCACAAAAGGCCGCCAAGAGUACGCCUGCUGCCGGGUCUUCCGGUGCAGCAGCCGAUAGGGUCCCGCAGGUCGGGGAGCCCAGCGAGGGAGGAGUCCCGCAACCGUCGACCUCAGCAAACAAGGAGGGAUGGUCGACGGUUGUACGGCGUGGGAAGCGCAAAGGCGCUGGCGCAGGCCAGGCGGCUCCCGCCAAUGCGCGCCCGGCGAAGGGGCCACGCGGUGGCCAAACAGCGGCACCGCAGCGGAACGCACCCGCUCGGAAGAAGAAGGCGAAAGCACGCCCUCCUCGGUCAUCGGCGGUGGUUCUCACCAUGAGGCCGGGAGCCGAGGAGAGAGGCGUCACCUACAGGUCGGUGCUCACCGAAGCGAAAGCCAAGAUUUCCUUGGCCCAGCUCGGUAUCACCGACCUGAGGUUCCGAGUGGGAAGAACCGGGGCUCGUAUCCUGGAAAUCCCUGGCGCAAACACAGGCGAGGUGGCAGACGCGUUGGCUGCCAGAAUCGAGGAGGUCCUGCCCGAGGACGCAGUCCGGGUCUCCAGGCCAGUCAAGUCGGCCGAACUGAGGAUCGGAGACCUGGACGACUCGGUGCUGGUAGCUGACGUGGUCGUCGCUGUGAUGCGCGAGGGGGGUUGCCUGGAGUCCUCGGUGAAAACCGGGGAAAUCCGGCGCAACUCCCAGGGUACGGGCUCCGUGUGGGUGCGGUGCCCUGUAGCCGCCGCGAGGAAGCUAGCCGAGGCCGGCCGACUAAAGAUAGGGUGGGUGAUGGCGCGGGUACAGUCGCUGGACCCGCGUCCUCAGCGGUGCUAUCGGUGCCUACUUACAGGCCAUGUGGGUAUCCGAUGCACCGCCGGGGAAGACAGCAGCGGAAUUUGUUUCCGCUGCAGCGAGCCCGGCCAUAAGGCCGCACGGUGCGCCGCGCCAUCACCGAAAUGCCGGUACUGUGCCGCGGCGGGUCGCAAGUCCGACCAUAGAGUGGGCGUCACGAACAUGUGUCGCCCGCCAAAGGCUCGAGCCGCGGCACGGGCCACAGGUGGGGGGGGGGAGUCGAUGGACACUUGA